UACUGAUAAAGCAACUAAACAGCUCAGUGACUGCAACUCUUACCAAUAUUGGAUUAUUACCAACCAUUACAAUUUCUAGAGAGAUAUAUUUGUGACAAGUAUUAAAGAAGAUUUUGUUAUGAACGCAUCCGUGGCUAAGAAAACCCAGGAAACUCUGGGGAAAGUAAUAAAGAAACCCCCUCUGACAGAAAAACUGCUCAGUAAACCGCCGUUCCGAUACCUGCACGAUAUACUGAGUGAGGUAAUUCGCACUACAGGCUUCAUGAAGGGCCUUUAUGGUGAAGCAGAGAUGAAGUCAGAAAAUGUAAAGGAUAAAGACUCAAAGAUUGCAUUCCUCCAAAAGGCCAUAGAUGUAGUGAUGCUGGUGAGUGGUGAGCCCCUGACUGCUAAACCUGCACGAAUCGUGGCUGGCCAUGAACCAGAGAAGACCAACGAGAUGCUCCAGGCCAUCGCCAAGUGUUGCCUCAACAAGGUGUCUAGUGAUGAAGCUGUGAGGCAGGUUUUAGCUGGGGACAAAGUGGAUGGGAAGGGGAAGGCGAGCACCUCCAGGUCCCAGGGCAAGGAGAACAGAGAGAGUCGAGAGCGCCUCCCAGACAGAGAGGAGAAGAGAGAGGUUAAAGAAAGUAGUAUGGGCACUGAGCAGAAAGGCCCAGAUCAUAAAGACCCUGAGGGCAGGAGGAUCGAGAAAGGCCAACAGGGAGACGGAGAGAGGUCAGAGAAGGCACGAGAGAAAGACCGGACCAAGGACCGAGAGCGGGACAAAGACAAGGCCAGAGACAGGGAGCGAGACCGGGACAAACAGCGAGACAGGAACAAAGGGAGAGAGCGUGAUAAAGAGAGAGAGAAAACCAAAGAGCGAGAUUUGCAUAAAGACAAAGAGCGUGAACUGGACAAAGAGAGAGAGCGCGAGAGGCGGAAAGAGCGGGAGCGGGAACGCCACAAAGAAACGGCAGAGAAGCCAAAGGAGAAAACGGACAGAAAGGCCCGAGCAACAGAGGAGGUCAGCAGACUGAGACCUCAUCUAGAGGAGUCCAGUAAACACCACAAAGCAAACCCAGCAGAGCCUGAAGGAGAUGAGCUAGAAGAGCCAGCAGAUGCUUCACAGAACCAGCCUGAGAGUCCUGCCAGAAUACCAAGGCCUUCAUCUGCAAAGGGGCAGCGACGUUGGCCCAAAACAGGAGCCCAAGAUGAAUCAGAUAGUGAUGGAGCUGCGGAUAACCCUUCAGUGGAUAAGCAUGUCCAACUCGAAAAUGGAGAUGCUUCAGACAUCUGGCCAUCCCAUGCAUCCCACAGCAGCAGAAGGCUAGCACGGCCCAGCAGCGCGAGGCCAGCUCCUCCUCGGCUGAAGAGGCAGGAGAGUCACACUGACGGAGGACCAGGGGAGAGGCUGGGCAGUGCCAAAGUUCCUUCUGCUGUCAUAGUGGAGGGUAAGAAGCUCUCUGAGGAUGAGGAAGACGAAGACGGGCAGUUUGUAGUGGAGGAGGCCGCCCCACCUCCAACUGACAUGUCCGAGCUGGAGAUGGAACCCUCAGUCGACCUACAUGGUGAUGAGAAGCAUGGUGGACUCGUAAAAAAAAUCCUAGAAACCAAGAAGAACUUUGAAUCACCCUUGUCUCUAAAUUCAAAAGAUCAGGAUCGGCCUCCGCUGGUGGAGGCAGCCCGGAGGAAGGACCGUGAGCUGGUGGCCAGGGAGAUUGAGCGCCUGCGCGCAUCCAUUCAGACAGUGUGCCGUAGUGCUCUGCCCCUGGGCAAGAUCAUGGACUACAUCCAGGAGGAUAUGGACUCCAUGCAGAAUGAGCUGCAUGCCUGGAGGCGGGAGAACAAAGAGCAUGCACAGGCCCUGCUGCAUGAGCAGAGGAUCACAGACACUGCAGUGGAGCCUCUGAAGGUGGAGCUAGCUGAACUGGACCAACUUAUCAAAGACCAGCAGGACAAGAUUUGUGCCGUCAAGUCAAACAUCAUCAAGAACGAGGAAAAGAUCCAUAAGAUGGUGUCCAGCAUGAACUUCUCCUCACAAACGUGAAUGAGGCAAUACGUAAAAUAAAGCCUGUAAUACUCAAUACAGGAGAGAGCACUCUUCCUCAGUCUCACAGAAGCUCUCUGGUGAUGGUUGUCUGAUUUACAUUUUUAGUGGGGGUUGGAUAAAUCCACAAUUUAAGGUGCCUUCUGUUCUUGAGUCUGGUCUGUUUUAACUGGGCUAAUCAGGAUUGUUGCUCUCCUUGAGAGAAAAAAAAUAGACAGAAAUAGACAUGCACUGUGUUGAUGCCCUGCAACAGUAGAUUCAUACAUUGUGCUUAAGCGAGAUUGGCCACCCCAAUAUUGAUGCAUACUAUUUUUUGAGAAAUUCUUGAUUCUCCUCCAUGUUCUCUAUAAAAAAGGCUACAUUAAUUGGCUUUGAUUUGAUGGCUUGCUUGUGAUUUACUAAAUUAAUUACUUAGCCAAACAUUGUGUCCUAGGCAAUAUGUCAGAUUACUUUGUGUACUGUCACUUGGUAUCUCUCCAAAGCUUUUCUUAAGCAAUAGGGCCCUGCUUUCUGGACAGAGCUUGUGUCUUGGUCUAAACCACACUGUCAGCGAGAGUGCUCCAUUAUAUCAUGUUUUCAGCUGUGCCCUGGGUUUACCUGGAGAACCAGCCCAGGAUGUCAGCAGGUAAGGGGUAUGCAUGCCAAAAGCUGGAGAUGCACUAGUCAAGCACCACUGCACUUUGAUCCAUGAGACUGUGACAGAAUUUUCCUGUACGUCGACGUGCAUGAGGAGGAACCAACAAGGCCUGUUAUGGUACAGUAUAAAAACAUUUUUUUUUUUAGACAAACUCAUUUUGUUAUAUUUUUAAGGUUACAAUGUCUGUUCUUUCAACUAUAACCACAUUUCAUUUGAAAAAAAAAAAAAACAGUAAACAAAAAACCUGUACAGUUUCAUUGUAGAAGCAAAAAAUAAAUAACCAAAAAUUGAAAAUUGUAAUUACUGCUCUUCAGACCCAGCCCAGCUGUAAGUGGAUUCUAAAUAAGGUUCACUAUCUGAUUCACCACGCUUUGUGCCCUCUAGAUUUAGCUGGUCAUGCACAAAGAUGUUCAAAAGUUGAUUUUUGUAUAUUCCACUCUAUUGUAGAAAACUACUGCAUGUGCGUUUAGAUAACAUUUCAAUUCUGACGAGACACAUUUUUCCAUAGUUCAAAACCCAAACUGUACAUGGAUGUUUCCUAAAGUUUUUAAAUUCAACCUGAAUAUAAUGGUUAUUGCAUAUUAACGAAUGUUUCAUAUCAGUAUUAUUUAGAAAUAUGGACAACAUGAAGAACAGUUGGAUAUCAAACUGCAAAAAUAAAAUGCAGUAAUGUUCAGGUAUCAAAUGCAUAGCGUUUCCUGUUUGUUUUUUAAAAGCAGACCAUUUACACUGUAAGCUAUUUUUAGCAUAUUCAUCUUUGCUGUAUAUUAUGUAUAUGUUAUUUGUAUCAUAGUUCACAAAAUGCUAUAGAUUUUGUAGUGGAGUGAAAUAAAUGGUUACAUUUAAGUAAAAUA